GUGUGAGUGUGUGUGUGCUUAGUGCUUGGAGCACAUGAAGAAAUAAGGAACUAAUUCAUUUUGGGCUCACAGUCGUUAGCGGUGAUCUUUUGUGUGAAGAACCAAGGCAGAGCACAAAAACUCAAAAAUGGAAAACAUCGAUGAGGAUCUGACACCCGAGCAAAUUGCGGUGCUGCAAAAGGCUUUCAACAGCUUUGAUCACCAAAAGACUGGCAGCAUACCCACAGAAAUGGUCGCCGAUAUACUUCGUCUGAUGGGUCAGCCCUUCGACAAGAAGAUCCUGGAGGAGCUGAUCGACGAGGUCGACGAGGACAAAUCUGGUCGUCUGGAGUUCGAGGAGUUUGUGCAGCUGGCCGCCAAGUUCAUUGUGGAGGAGGAUGACGAGGCCAUGCAGAAGGAGCUGCGCGAGGCGUUCCGUCUCUACGAUAAGCAGGGCAAUGGCUACAUUCCGACCUCCUGCCUGCGCGAGAUCCUGCGCGAACUGGACGACCAGCUGACCAACGAGGAGCUGGACAUCAUGAUCGAGGAAAUCGAUUCCGAUGGCUCCGGCACCGUCGACUUCGAUGAAUUCAUGGAAAUGAUGACGGGCGAAUAAGCACACAGAUUUCAAGCCAAACAACAAAUAAACAUUUUUUAUCCAAAAAGCACAAGGGUUUAAAUAAAAUACACACACACACACAUCUCUCAAUAUGUAAAACUAUUUGUGCGGAUUGACUGACUGACUGAUUGAUUGAUUGAUGAUCAACGCAUAGAUCAAGACGUAAGAGCUGAAAAAUAUAAUUUUCUUACUGUG